CCCUUUCCCCACCGCCCCCUGACUCUGCUCUCCGGAGACCCUGAGGAGCGAGCGCCGCGACCCCUUCCCGGCGCGCUCCGCGCGGUCUCGCGGGGACUCGGGUGCGUGGGGCCGGGCGCGGGGCGGGGCGGGGCGGCCGGGCGUCAUGCGGAGGGGCGAGCGCGAGGGCGCCGAGGGGCGGCAGCCGGGGUCCCCGGCGCCCGGGGGCAAGGCCUCGCGGGAGGAGCCGCUGGACGGCGCGGCCGCGGGCCGCCGCAGCACCGAGUCCGAGGUCUACGACGACGGCACCAACACCUUCUUCUGGCGGGCCCACACCCUGACCGUGCUCUUCAGCCUCACGUGCGUGCUGGGCUACGUGACUCUGCUGGAGGAGACGCCGCAGGACACGGCCUACAACACCAAGAGAGGUAUUGUGGCCAGUAUUUUGGUUUUCUUAUGUUUUGGAGUCACACAAGCUAAAGACGGGCCAUUUUCCAGACCUCAUCCAGCUUACUGGAGGUUCUGGCUCUGCGUUAGUGUGGUCUACGAGCUGUUUCUCAUCUUUAUACUCUUCCAGACUGUCCAGGACGGCCGCCAGUUUCUGAAGUACCUCGACCCCAGGUUGGGGGUCCCACUGCCAGAGAGGGACUAUGGGGGAAACUGCCUUAUCUAUGACGCAGACAACAAGACCGACCCCUUCCACAACGUCUGGGACAAGCUGGAUGGCUUUGUGCCCGCACAUUUCAUUGGCUGGUACCUGAAGACCCUGAUGAUCCGCGACUGGUGGAUGUGCACGAUCGUGAGCGUGAUGUUCGAGUUCCUGGAGUACAGCCUGGAGCACCAGCUGCCCAACUUCAGCGAGUGCUGGUGGGACCACUGGAUCAUGGACGUGCUCGUCUGCAACGGGCUGGGCAUCUACUGCGGCAUGAAGACCCUCGAGUGGCUGUCCCUAAAGACGUACAAGUGGCAGGGCCUCUGGAACAUUCCGACCUACAAGGGCAAGAUGAAGCGGAUCGCCUUCCAGUUCACGCCCUACAGCUGGGUGCGCUUCGAGUGGAAGCCGGCCUCCAGCCUGCGGCGCUGGCUGGCCGUGUGCGGCAUCAUCCUGGUGGUAAGGCCAGCGGCCCCCCGCGCGUGGCCCCUGGGGCGUGGGCGCCCCCCCCCCACCCUCCUCUGCCCCCAGUUUCUGUUGGCAGAGCUGAACACCUUCUACCUGAAGUUCGUGCUGUGGAUGCCCCCUGAGCACUACCUGGUUCUCCUGCGGCUUGUCUUCUUCGUCAACGUGGGCGGUGUGGCCAUGCGGGAGAUCUACGACUUCAUGGACGACCCAACACUGCACAAGAAGCUGGGCCAGCAGGCCUGGCUGGUGGCGGCCAUCACGGCCACGGAGCUGCUUAUCGUGGUGAAGUACGACCCACAUACGCUCACGCUGUCGCUGCCCUUCUACAUCGCACAGUGCUGGACGCUCGGCUCCGUGCUCGCCCUCACCUGGACCGUCUGGCGCUUCUUCCUGCGGGACAUCACCCUGAGGUACAAGGAGACGCGGCGGCAGAAGCAGCAGAGCAGGGACGACCAGGGGAGGGCCGACGGCGCCGUGGACGGCGGUGUGGACAGUCGCCCACCCGGGCCUGACGACCCCUCGGGGCCGGAGGAAGCCGAGAGCGAGGGGGCGCCGGCUCCGCACUGACUCUGCGGCGGGGCCCGCGGAGCCAUAGCCUGGCGCCCCGCACCCUCUGGGAUGCCCGCUGGGAGCCUUCCAGCAGGCAUCGGCCCUCGAGGUCCUCUUUCCCGUCCCUCCGAGCGCCGGGCCAGUGUGGUGUGCGCACGUGGGUGGGUUGGUGGAUGGGUGUGUGCGCCCCUGUGCUCCCGGCUCCCGAGGCUCCCAAGCACGCCCUGGGCCAGCCGGUCCCGGAGGAGCCAGAGCCCCCCGCCCCUUCUGCACAGUCCACCCGCAGCCUCGGCCACCCCAAGCCUUGGCGCCCUGGCGGCCGGGCCCAAGCAGUGGUAUGGCGGUGCCCCUCUCCGCUCCCUGGGCCCUGCACGCCCCAUGGUGGGACACCCUGGUGCAGUUGGGAAAGGGCACAUCCGCUUCUUCGCGAGCCUCCACCUGACCCUCUGACUGGGAGGGGCUGUGGACAGGACUGGAGGCACGUCGCGUCAGAGUCUGCCAGGCUUGGUGCCUGCCGUCAGGGGGGCGGGUCAUGAGGGUCUUUGGCCCAGAGUUGAGGUCACGUCCCCGAGCAAACAGAACAAAUAAAAGCCAGUGAAGGUCUGCAGCUCUGUCUCCUUGCCGCCCCUCACCCCAGCCCUGCCGUGUGCUGCCUCAGACGCUGCCCAGAGGGCGGGCGG